AUGGCGCCGAAAAUCAAGCAGGAGUCGCCGGGACCUCCGCCAAAGCGCAGCAAACACAACUACGCCGACACCUGCAAAGUCAUCGUCGGGUCACGAAAAGACGAAUUCGUCAUGCACACGGCAUUUGCAACGGCCAAGUCAAGCUUCUUCAAGUCAACGAUUUCUCAGGAUUGGAAGGAGGGCAAGGAGAAGACCGUUCGGCUGCCUCAACACGAAGCAGGAACCUUCCACGUGUUCGUGCACUGGAUCUAUUCCGGCAGUCUUGACUUUUCAAUUGUGGAUAACACUGGUGCGCACGAUCCACCCAGCUACCUCAACUGUGGUAGAGUCUGGGCUCUCGCGCAUUAUUUGGGUGCUCCACAGCUGCAGAACCAGGUCAUCGAUCGCAUCAUCCACAAAGUCGCAAGAGGAGACACUCGAAAUGUGGCACUGUCCAGCCUCAAGCACAUCUGGCAAAUCACUCCACCAGGCUCCACGAUACGCCAAUUGUUGACAAACUGUGUGGCGAGCGAAAAUCGCGCCUAUAACGGGGUUGGUGAAGCGGAGGAGUUGCCAGAAGAGAUCCUUCUCGAGGCAACCCGCCAACACCUGUAUGGUGCUAGCAAGAACGUGCCAACGAUGGAGCACCGUUGCAACUACCACGAACACGAUGAGGGAGAGCCGAGAUGUGAGUAG